AUGCCGAGCAUGAAAAGUCAUCACCACCGUACAGGGCAAGAGUCUCCUGCUGGGCUUGCCCAUAUUCGGAUCAAGCCCUCUUUGCCAGACUAUCCAAGAUCUUACACUGCAAACUACACGCAACCUGCCGCUAUCACACCGGAAGAGGAUCUUAUCAAGAACCUGAAGGUUUACCGGUGCCCGCAAACCGAUUCAAAGCGCGCCUCGGAGCUGACUAGCUUACAUCUUUUGGAUGUCAAUGCAAAGAAGCUGUGUUUCGACGGCUAUUUCCAAGAUGAAACUUCCGACAUUUGGCUGCGCUUGCAGCAACCUGCCUCACGCUAUAAGAGGUUUCAUGCGCCGUUCAUCUGGGUUGCUGUCCUGGGUAAGCGCACCCUCGAUUACAUUGACGAGCAACCGAGGAGCACCGUAAGCCUAGAAAGCUUUGAAAGCGAUUUUCACCGAUGGCUUGAAAAACGUUUCGGUAUGAAUGAGUCGUUCAAGGAGUGGUACACGAUGUCCGGGAAUGCCUGCAAUCUGUCUACAGCAAGGCUGCUCACCAGCCACCCUGUCUGGGCACACUGCAAAGUUGACCGUAUGACAGCGAUUAGCAGGCAACCGAGCCAAGUCAAUGAGACUCUAACGACGUCUCUUGUCUUCGAAAGCUUCCAACUGAUGUACUUUGCCAGCAAAUUGAAGCAAAUCGUGCUUGUUGCCGGUGUGAGCCGUAUGCAGAGGAAGCGCAAAGAGAAAUUGGGUUUUGCAGAGGACAGUACGACUAUAAUUUCUUCCAGCCGUAGUGAUCGAAGCACCAAAGGGGAGUCCAACGUUUGUGUAGGCGACGUCGUUUCAAUUCUCCCAGACGAAACCGACAGAACCAAGUGGCAAAAGUCCGAAGCCGAGUGGCUGGCUUACUAUUGCUCCUCUAAUGAGCUCUUUCUCUCAGAGAACUGCAACUGUGGACAGCGAGAGAUCUUGUCAAGUGACGUCAAACGGAAGCACGGUGUCGCAUGGUCCCCGCGGUCGCUCAAUACCGUCAAAGACUACUUCGUUCGUCAGACAUACAUCCCUCAAGACAGCACAUUCGUAAGUGUCAACGAUGAUCACAAAACGUGCUCCUGUCGAAAGUCAAAGCUGAGCACCGUGCAGUGGCGCGCUGGCGACACUGUGUACAUUACGAAAAUCAUCAACGGGCAGAAUAUACUCGAGCCUGUGGUGAUCCACGAGAUCGACUACAGAAUAAAAGAAGCUAAGGUUCGUGUGCUGUUACGACUUGGGCGAGAUUAUUCAGGAUUGGCAUUGCAAGCUAGCAGACGCAACUUUGCCCCAAACGAGCUUGUUCUCACCGGCGAGCUCAAAGCCUUACCAAUUUCUCGGAUCCAGCAGGCAUGCCACGUGAUCUUUGUGCAGGGAUCAAGCCGGUUGGUCUACUUGGAGGGUCUGCCCAAAGGGUUUCAUGAAGCGCGAGAGAAGCCACUCCCAUGCAGGAAGCUGCGAGGGCUUAGCUUGUUCGGUGGCGGUGGUGGGCUAGACCGCGGUUUGGAGGAAGGUGGUGCAGUGGAGUUCCAGACCUCUGUCGAUUACGACUCCGCAGCGAUUCAUACACAACGUGCGAACUGCCAGGAUCCGCAAACCAUGCGUCUCUUCUGUGGAUCAGUGGAUGACUAUGUGAAGGCAGUGCUUUCUGAAGCCAAGAAUCGCCCCGUCGCACACGUAGGCGAAGUCGACGUAAUAGCGGCCGGUUCGCCCUGUCCAGGAUUCUCUGCGCUACAGCCGAAUAUGUUGAGCGAGCAGUCCCUCACAUAUGCUUCCCACAUCACCACGUUCUGCACAGCCGUAGAUUUGUACCGACCUCUCUAUGGUGCCUUAGAGGACCAGAACGUCCUUUCUCAGCUGGUGGCGUGCCUGGUGUCUAUGGGCUAUCAAGUCAAUCAGUACAUCAUGGACAGCUGGACCUAUAGAAGCUGUCAGCAGAGAUCGCGGAUCAUCCUGACCAUAGCUGUGCCAGGUCUUGAACCUAUCCUGCAACUACUUCACACGCACAGUAGGUCAUCUGAGGACACCACCGCCAGGAGUCUUGGUAAAUUGCCGAACGGUGAGCGCUUUGGCGACAGAGAGCACUACGCCACUCCAUUUCAGCAUGUUACCGCAGAAGAGGUAACCUCAGAUCUACCGGAUAUUGGGAGCGGAAACGUCCAAACAUGCAUUCCUUUUCCUGACCACCGACUCUCACGACCGACAAACCGCAAAGCUCGAGCGCUCAUCGAAUGCAUACCAACCAACUCACCUGGCUCCGGGUGCGCAGGAGCCUUGCGUUUAGAUCUCGUACCAGCAUCCCUUCAACUGAGGAAGAAGGAGACUACGAAAUCGUUCCAGCGCAUAAAGGCGAAUGGUCUCGUCCCGACAAUCACAACGGACGUCAAUAAGCAAGAUGCGCGAAAUGGUGCUUCGGUGCACUGGUUGCAGCAUAGGCCACUUAGUGUCCAAGAAGCCAAGCGUACACAAGGAUAUAAAGACCACGAGCCUAUAAUCGGGACGCUACGUGAACAGUGGAAGAUCCUCAGUAACGGAGUCGAUCGCAAGGUCUCAUUUGCUGUUGGCAUUGCACUUCGAGAGGAGCGGGACGCCAACCCGUCAGAUGCAAGCGAGCACUCAAGGAGCAACGUCGAACAGGAAGCGAGUUCAGCAUCAUCGGACUCGUCAGCGUCCAUGGACUCCACACGCGAGACAAGGCAGCAAUUUGACAUGUCGCUAUCUCUCGACGGAGCUUAUAAUCCACUCCCAAUUAGACCGCAACCACUCCCGCCGCAAGAGCCUCUCAAAGUGGAAGCGCAGCCCACACUGCCCGGGGGCUUCCUCUCAAGGCUGUCUUGUACUUUUUCUACGAACGUCGGAAGACUCUCGCUGCCUUCUAUCCCAACAUUCGGGCCGUCAACGCUACCGUCCUUACCCAAACGCCAAAGAGAGGACUUCAAAAGCGAAGUUCAGGACGUAGACGAGAACUCUGAGGGCCCCCUAAAGCGAAAAAAGAUCGAGGAAGUGCGACGAACAACAUCACCAGCACGCGUCGAACCAGGAAUAAAGAACCAGCUCGAGGAUAGAAGAGCUUCAAUGCCUCCUCUGCCCGGGUCGAAUCGUACUCGAAGAUCAGGCCGGGCAGAGAUCGCCCCAAAAGCGUGGCACAAGAAGAUUGGGAGCCUGGCAAUGUAA